GCUUGCAAGUAAUUUCGUUAUAUCGAAAACCCGUUCCGCCGUCGAAUCCCACUCCGCGAAAAAACCUCUCACUCCUCUGAGCCAGAGAGAAACAGUGCCGCAUCCGGCAUCGCCUGCCUCUCUCUUUCUCUCCGCGGAAAUGGCGAUGGCAUCUUCCGAGCAACCGCUGAAGAAGCGACGGCUGUACGAGCCGCCACCAGACCCACCGGAAACCGUAGCGCAGCCAGAGACCUCCGUGGCUCCACCGACCACUCCACCUCCGCUGUCUCAGGAGGAGAUUCUUGCGAGAAGGAGAAACGGAGAGGAGAUUCGAAGUGUGUACGAGAACUAUAAGAGGAUUAAGUCUUGUAUCGCCCUGAAAGGGAAAGAUGCUCGGCACAUGCCUGAGCUUGAACAAGCUUACCUAGCUCUCAUAACUGCUUCUAGAGGUUGUACAAGUGUGCAGCGUCUUGUUGCCGAUUUCAUUCCUCGUUAUGCCUCAUACUGUCCAACUGCUCUUGAAGCUGCUACAAAAGUGAUUAUCAAUGUGCAUAGCUCUAACUUGGCAGUGAUUAGUCGGGGAGGAGAUGCUGAUAAUGUUGCAUUUCAAACUGCUAAAUCUUGUAUUUUUGGUCUAGCUGAUCUUUGUUGCACAGCUUCUGCAGAGACACCAACAUCAUCAGUUGUCAGAGGCGUCUGCUCAGCAGUUUUCCAGAAUGUGCUCUCCUUUCUCGUAUCAUCCUUCGAGGGAAAAGAUUUGUUUCAGAUUGUUGAUAAUGAUAUUUGGAGAAUGCAGGAUUCUGAUGAAAUAUUUUCUGAGCUAAAGCAAAGAUUUUCAGAUGAAGAUGAAUCUUCAUUGAUUAAGUUAUCCAAAUUCCGUGCCCUAAGUCUACUCUGGAUUUUCUUCCAUUGUCCAAAGAAUUUGCUUGCUGCCUGUUUUGAGCUCUUCAGGUCAUCUGCAACUGAAGAAGCUGAUAAAGGACUGUAUUUUCUGAGACAGGCAACAGGCAGGCUUGAUAAUUUAGAUGUUGAAAGUAUUUUAGGUAAAAUAACUGUAGGGCCUAAAUCAUGUACAGAUUUCCUUGGAAUAAGCACCAAAGGCAGUUUGCUUAGUGGUGAGACACCAAGAUCAGAUAGUUGCUAUGUCACAGAAGAUGCAUCUCCUGCUCUGAAGAGCUCUUUGUUGGGUCUGGUUUUUGGUAGAAAUCCAUCAUUGAGAAGUUGGAUGGUCUUAAAGUACAAGAACUUGUGUAAGUUGUCUCCAACUAAAUCUGUACCAGGGAUUAUAUCUAGCUUGGAAGGAAUCUUUGAAUCAUUUGGGAAAUGUAUUAAUAUAGAAGUUCAAGCAGACAGUGAUGAGGAUGAUUCUGAUUCCUCUAAUUUUGUUAGUCAGCCACACUUGGUGUCUAGAAGCUCUAAUCAACAUGAAACCUUAACUGACCAAUCUGGAAGCAAUAAAACCAGCAAUGAGAUUUGUGCUGAAAAUUUAUCGGGUCAGUAUCUGAAGCCUCACAUUGUUCCCCUUGAAGCUAAUGUCCACCUGAAUGCUGGUUCUGGUCAUGAUAGUGGAGGGUCAAGGUCCAUAGACUUUGAAAGGCAUGACCAUGGGGAUUUGUCUGGUAGUAGAUCUUCUAUUUCUAGGGACUUAUCAAGCCAUCAGAUGCUUUCACCUGUCACUAGAACAUCACUAGACUUCAGGAGUAAUUCUUUUGAAGGCAGAAAUCACGUUAAGAAUGUUGACAAGAAUCAAGUUUCAAAUACAAGUGGUGCUUCUGCCUUGAGAUCAUCUAGUGGAGGUGUAAGCAAUGCUUUGGCAUCUCCCAGUGGUCGGUUUGGAGCAUCAUGUGGUUCAACAUCUUCUCAAACUGCUUGGUAUUUUGAUGGUGAUCCUGCUGCCAUGGGUAUUUUCUCAGCUUCUCGGCAGCUAUGGUUGGGAGCUUUGGGGCCUGAUGCAUCUGAAGGCCAUAUAAGGUUUCAGCUUGAGAGGUUUGGUCCAAUUGAGCAAUUUUUCUUCUUUCCAAUCAAAGGAUUUGCAUUGGUUGAGUACAGAAAUGUCAUUGAUGCCAUAAGGUCUAGGGAUUAUGUCCGUGGCUGUUUUCCUUGGCGAGUAAUGUUCAUGGAUAUAGGGUUGGGAACCAGGGGUGCCGUGAAUGGUGUCGCUGUUGGUUCUAGUUCUCAUGUUUAUGUUGGAAACGUUACAAGUCAAUGGGUAAAGGAUGAAAUUUUGCAUGAAUCAAGGAAAGCGGUCUACAAGGGUCCUUACAUGGUCACUGAUCUUACUUGUGAAUGUGCAUUGCUGCUGGAAUAUGAGACUCCAGUAGAAGCUGCUGCUGUAAUGACACAUCUCAGACAGCAUCGAAAAGAAAGAAGUAACCAUAUGCCGGUAUUUAAUGCAGGGCCAGCUAAUGUCUCUUUGUCUCAUGUUGACACUGGAAGGUCUGGUGCUGCUCCACCUAUCCAUGUUGACGUAAAAAAUAGUAACUCAGCAAACAUGUCUAGCAGCUCAAUGGAACUUGUAUCUCCCAAGUUGAGGGGUGAGAAUCAUGGAACUGCAGCACCAGUUACACAUCCAUAUCAGUCAAACUGGCCUGCUCCGGGUUGUACAGAUAUGCCUGAAGGUGGGUUGAGAAAAGUUGAUGGUUAUGACAACAACCUUAUAGCAGACCAUACACAAGGAGGUGGUGGUGUUGUCUCUGGUGCCUCUGGACAAGUAUGGAAUUAUAAGAAACCUGAAAGUGAGCUGCAUUUAGCACCUGGGACCAUGCCAUGCAUGCCUAUAGCAACACAGAGCCUUUCUGCUCCACCACCACCACCACCACAACAACUCCAGGCACCUCCCUUUAUGCGACCUGUUUACCAUCCUUCAAACAGUUCCUGGGAUCCCAGAGGUUUGAAUCACCAGUUUCCUCAGAAUCCAAUUUCACCAGGUGUGGUGCCUAAUACUUUUCAUGGUAAUGCUGUUCCACCUCCCUUUAUACCUGCUUCUGUGACUCCACUUGCUCAGAUACAGGGACCUCCAAUACAGCAUUUUGAGCAGAUGUUUCCACAUCCUGUUGUCCCACCACCUUUAUCAUCAAUGCCACCUUCUCAACCUGAAAUGCCACCUCCACCUCCACCACCUCUAUCUCCACCACCAUUGCCACAGUCGCUGCCACCUCUUGUUCCUCCUCCACCUAAUUCACCUCCUCCCCCUCAACCUAGUGCAGAAUCAACUGAUAUGGGAAGUUCUGAACUGUGUGUAAAGCAUUGGUGGCAGGGCACAUUGUGUAAGAGUGGGGCUCAUUAUUGCACAAUUUAUGCACAGAGACUAGAGUCAGAUCUUUGCAAAUAUUCAAAUGCCAUUUCUGAACCUGCAGAAUGGCCUACCAAAUUAGACAUGACCAAACGCACAGACUUUCGGCAUGUAAAGUCAACGUUCACCAAUACCCCACCACAUAAAAGGGAAGUUUGUUGCUUGAUCCCUUCUUCUACUGGUGACCAUAAAGGCUUUCAGGAUUUUAUCUCAUACUUGAAGCAGAAGGAAUGUGCAGGAGUGAUUAAGAUUCCAGCAAUGAAAUCCAUGUGGUCCAGGCUACUUUUUAUUCUUCCCUACUCACAAGAGGCAUGUUCAAUGCUUUCAGUUGCACCUAAUUCAUCUGAGUGCCUCGUUGCUUUGGUUUUGCCCAAAGAAACAAACUUUGAGUGGGUAUGAGACACAGUGGCUUACGAUGGGGAGCAACCUAGACCAGUUGCUUGUUUUGCUCCUUGGAAAUUCAAACUGAGAAUGGACUCGAUGGUAUCUCAUGCAUCACCUGAAGAAUUUGGUAAGGAUGCUUAUCUCCAUCCUUCAAUUGUACAAAACCUUUUUUUCCCUUUGAGAGCCUAUUAGGUUUGUGAGGUACACUUUGGGAACGAUUUAGUUUUAAACCUAAAAAUUGUGAAUAAAAAAUAAUCUCUAGUUUUGUUUGAGAGUUCCCUAUGAUAUAGUAUUUGAUUGGGAAUCCUAUAGCAAAGCAACGUUUCUUGUUAUCAUGUGGCAAAGGCAGAAUUUUAUUGUUAGCUUACGUUAUAGAUAUUUGUAGGAACAUCCUUUGCAGUAGUUUGCAGGGGUAGUUACUCAUCUCCAUGUUCUUUAGAAAAAAAUGAAUUCACUUGUGCUUGGCCACCUAAAUUAAAUGGGCGCUUUCGAUUC